AUCUCCGUGUCCGAGCUCGCGCAGUGCGACGGCAAAGACCCGUCCAAGCCCAUCUGGGUCGCGAUCAAGGGCAAGGUGUACGACGUGACGUCCAAGCGCGAGAUGUACGGCCCGGGGGCGGGAUACAAUGUGUUCGCGGGGCGUGAUGCCAGCCGCGGGCUCGGCAUGUCGUCGCUCGACCCCAAGGAUGCUGUGAGCGACUACUCGACGCUCAAUGAGGCGCAGAUGAAGACGCUGGACCAGUGGGACUCGUUCUUUGCCAAGCGCUACAACAUCGUCGGCAAGGUUGUGCCUUAG